AAGUUUAUUAGAAACGAAAUAUUCAACAUCGUACCAAGAUUACACAGAAUUUUUAUUGGUAGUAUCAAAAAACAAGGUCAUAAUGCACAAGUUUUUAUGUACAAAGUAAAUUUAGCGUAAUCUUGCAAUCGAAUAAUUUUUUUUUUGUUUCAAAAUUUUUUUUGCACCUAACCUUGAAUUUUGAGCGAAAAGGCAAAAAAAAGAGAAAACUUUGGUUACGUCAUUUGCGUCAAAUGUCUUUAAUAAUUUUAGUAUUGUAACAUUUUGUUAAAUUAUAUUAUAUUGUGCAAUGGCUUCUACAAGUUAUAAUGAUACAGACCUUAAUUCACAAGACGUUUCAGAAACCAGCUAUUUACUUGAUGAUAAUGACAAUGUUCAAAAAUCAUGGUUAGAAAGACUUCGUAGGCCCCAUUUAUUAUGGAUGAUACCGUUUAGUAUAACUUUAUCUAUAAUCAUGACUUCAAUCGAAGCUCCCAUAAUACACUUUAUUUCGGAUUUGGCAUGUAAAGAGUUCAAAGAACAACAUAAAAAUCUAUCAAAUGAUGAUGAUUGUAAUUUACGUGAAAUUCGGAUAUUAGCAUCAAAUUAUGUGAUGUGGUAUGCGACUUUAUCACAUAUCGCAGUGACUUUAUCAAUUGGAUAUCUUUCUACGUUAUCAGAUUACUUUGGACGUAAAUUUAUAUUUCGAUUAUCAACAUUCGGUAUAAUAUUGGGUAUAAUAAAUAUAAUAAUAGUUGCUCAUUAUUGGAGGAUAGUAGGAAUUAAGAUGUUAUAUGUUGGAUCAAUUAUUCAAGGAUUACUUGGGGGUGUAAUUGCUAUAAACACGGCAUGUCAUGCUUAUUUAAGUGAUUGUACCAGUAGUGAAAAUAGAAGUGUUGCUUUUGGUUUGAUGCAUGCUUCGGCAUUUUGUGGUAUGGCUAUCGGUCCUACUUUGGGUGGUUUAAUUGUAAAGGUUACAGGAUCGAUUCUUUCGGUAUUUUAUAUAGCAAUUGGUGCUCUUAUUAUAUUUUUAUUUGUAGUUUCAUUUAUUGUACCAGAAUCAGUCUCUUCUAAUAUACGCGAACUAAAUUAUUCAACAUCUCCACCCACUUCUUUUAGUCACAUUUUUUCGCCAUUAACUAUUCUUACUAGAUUACCAGUUGAAAUAGGUGAUAGUGAUAGAAAUAGAAAUAGAUCAUGGAGAGGAAAAAAUACCAUAUAUAUUUUAGCUGUAAUUUAUUUUAUUUAUAGAAUUUCACAAGCUGCUCAAAAUGAAAUCAUAAAUUUAUAUACAAAAUAUAAAUUUGAUUGGACAUCAUUAGAAAAUGGUUAUUUUUUAUCAUUACAAGCAUUUACGCGUUUUAUAGCAUUAAUUGUUUUAUUACCAUUAUUACGUUUAAUUCGUUCACGUUAUCAAUCAUCAUAUGCUCGUUCUUUAGAUAUAUGGACAAUGCGAGGUGGUCUCAUUAUGGAAAUAAUAGGGUUCAUUUUAUUUGCUAUAGCUGCAAAACCUUUUUGGUUUUAUUUUGCUUGUGUAAUUAAUAGUUUGGCAACUAUAACUUCCCCCGCUAUGAGAAGUUUAUUUACUACUUAUGUUUUGCCAACACAAGCUGGUCAAAUUUUAGGUGCUAUUAGUGUAAUAGAAAGUGUAGGAAGUAUUUUAAGCCCUUUAUGGAUGAAUAAAUUGUACAAUCAGGGAGUUAAUUACGGAAUAGAAGAAAUUGUAUUUUGGGCUAAUGCUGGUAUUUUUAUGGCAUCUCUUGCUUUGGGGUCUUUAAUUUUGUAGAUAAUUUAAAAAAAAAUUACUUUUACAAAGCAAAAAUCAAAAAAAAAAAAAAAAUCGAAUCGCAUAAUAAAUGUUAAACCAAAUUUAUUUCCAAAAAGCUAUGAUAAUAAAAAGAACAAUAUUAAUAUAAUUAAAUAAAUAUUUACUUAUAA